UUUCCCGGUUUUCCAAGACAUAAACAUCCAAUCUCCCACGUAUUCCCCCCUGAGCGAUCAGCAGAGAGCUGAGCAACGAGUGCAAAAUGAAUUUCACACCCUUUGGAAACAACUUUCCCGGCAAUAUCCCCGGUCUGCCCCAGUUUACAACCAGCACGGCGCCCCUCGUCUCCUCACUAACCGCCGCCGUGGCUGAUGUGACGGUGACGGCCACCAAUAAUCCGCAGCAACAGCAGCAGCAGGAUGCCGGCGGUGGGAGCACACGCUACCAGCAGCAACAGUCCGCCACCACAGUGGGCAUGACGCACUUCAGCCAGCCGACCAUGUCGGCGGGGCAGAGCGGUGGCGGCGGUGCGGGCAGCAGCAAGUUCCGCAGCGGACAGGAGGAGGGUAUGCAGGGUGACAAGUACAAUGGGCAUCUGGUGUCCACGGCGCAGCAGCAACAGCAGCAGCCGCAGUAUGCCACAGUGGCGUAUGCCAGUGCGACGGCAACGAGUGGGUCCGCCGAUGCGCUGCAGGCAGGCACCUCCAGCCAGGCACAGCAGCAGCAGCAGCAGCAACAACAGCAGAUGCAGCAGCAACAGGUUGCGGCGCCGCAGGAACUCACCCAGGAUCUGUGCAAUGCCAUUCUGCAGCAGCAAGUGCUCCAAAACACCUCCUGGCAAACGCUUACGCCCGGCACCACCGUCGCCGAUUACCUCUCACAUCUUCCGGCCAACACGCUGCCCCUGUCGCUGCAUCACUUCCUCAAGUACUCCGCGGAGACGAUCAAGAAGGAGAACCAGCAGAAUGUGGUGCUGCAGGUGCAAACGGGACCAGCCAUAGGCAUCAACACCAUUGGCACCACAACCAUUAGCAUACCUCAGCAGGAUCAGUUGACGCUGCAGCAGCAGCAGGCGACGUUGCAGGUGCAGGCACAGGCACAGGCGCAAACGCAGGCGGCAGUGGCUUCCACUUCGACGGCGACAGGCGUCGUCGCCAGCAGCAGCGGCACCAAGAAAAAGAAACGCAAAAAGCGAAACAAGGACCGCAAGCCGAAGCUGCGUCCGGGCGAGAUACGACUUGGCACAGCGCUGGACGGCAGCCCGCUGUACAUGUGCCCCGAGUGUCAUGUGGCCUAUCCGGAGCCGGAGCUGCUCGAGGUGCAUCUGGUGGGGCACAACCUGGAGAAGCGUUACGUGUGCGAUGUGUGCCAGGCGUCGCUGAAGCGCAAGGAUCACCUGACGCGCCACAAGCAAUCGCACAAUCCGGAGCGGCCCUACAUCUGCACCGUCUGCCUGAAAGCCUUCAAGCGCAAGGAGCAGCUGAGUCUGCACUUUGUCAUCCACUCGGGCGAGAAGCGGCACCAGUGCCAGGAGUGCGGCAAGGGCUUCUAUCGCAAGGAUCACCUGCGCAAGCACACACGCAGCCACAUAGCGCGCCGUGUCAAGGCCGAGCUGAACAGCCAUGUGCGGCGCGAGAAUGGCACCAGCAUGCUCCAGCCAGUGGUGACGGAGGCAACCACUGCCGCGCUGCAGCACGCCAAUCAGCUGGCCAGCCAGCAGCAGCAGUUGCAACAGCAGCAGCAACAGCAGCAACAACAGCAACAGCAGCAGCAGCAACACCACAUCGUGAUCACCCAGCAGCAGCAGCAGCAACAACAGCAGCAGCAGCAGGCCCCUCAGGUGCAGCAGCAACAGCAGCAAAUGCUAAAUUAGCCAAAUGAUUUUUGUAAAGUCAGUUAAGCAAAAUUCAAUUCCGCCACACAGGCAGCCGCCAGAAGACACAAACGUUUGCUGGUGGCUGACCCAAAAACGCAACUCUCUCGGUCCACACAAUUUAAUUGACUCCGCAAAUCGGAUAGAACUCACUGGAGAAUAUCGUUGACGAUAUCAGCAGGUUCGCUAGCAAAUAUCUCGGGAGCUACCUCAUGGAUAGCUCCCAAUGUUGUACAAUUUUAAAGGUAAGCCACACACAACCCACACACCCGACGACAGUUGGGACCGUCUACGAAUCUACGCCACUAAAAUUUGUUUCAGAAUUGUUUGCUUGCCCAAAACCAAAGAGAAUCAAAAGGAAUUCGUACGAAAUUCAGUUAGGAACUCGCUUCAAUGAUCUCUCAUAAAGGUUUACCCAUUCCAAAUCCCUGUCUCUAUGCCCACAAUUAGUUCUUUAGCUUAAAGAAGUUUCACUCCAAAAUUGUACACCUUUUGCCAUUCCAAAUCGAAAUUUAUAGGCAGAGUUAUAGGAGGAAUCUCUAGCUAUCAUCUAGCGGUGUUGUCGGUCCCAGACGUUUGUCUGCUCCCCAAAGAAAAAACAGCAAACAUUCCAUAGAACAUACUUUAAGCGAAACUGUGCAAAGGAAUAAUAGUUUUGUAAGCGAAGUAUUUUAGUGAAAUGUAUUUUUGUACAAAUAGAAACUUGCAUCGUAACCACACAACACACACGAAAUGUCAAAUGCGCAUACGUUUAGGUAUAUUUAUAUAUCCGCGUAUAUGUACAUAUAUUUAUAAAUAAGAUAAGCGAUUGCAAUUUAGAUUUACACUUUGCAUCUAGGGUACGGAAUCAGAUAUUGUGAAUUGUAUGUUUAACUUUUGCUACACCGAACAAAGGAAACCACA